CUUAGUUAGAAAUUGUCCGUCGCCGGCUCAGUCAGAUAGCGUGCGGAGCACAGUGACCAAGUCAGUCUGCUCAGGAGGGCUCAGAUAUCACUUUCCCCGUAAAAGUUCGAGUGCAAUCCGUUAGAUACACUUGAAGCGAAAGCGUAAGAAGGCACAAGGUCUUCUGUAGGUUCGCUAUCAAAUCAUAACAAUAGAUACUGAUUUUCGUUUUUGAAAUUUCAUUUUCGUUGGUCAGCUGGACGCUCCAUGUUGGUUACCAAAAAGUAUCCGAAAAGUUCGCCGGCACCGCGCUACUGUUUAAGAUUCGAAGUUAUCUCUUUGUGCGUCGAGAAAUUAUAAUUCAAGUGCGUUCGGUAGGAGCACGCACUGUUGUGACACAGUUUUCACAUUCGUAUCUAUUAGUGAAAAUAUCUAACUUGUGCAUAUAGAUAUAUUGGUCUUUGAGUGCUGGUACUUAGUUUCCCAUUUCUUCGUUGCCGACCCAUUGAGCGUCUUCGAUUAAAGAUUGUUAUGGAUUAAUUGUUCCAGUUUAAGACGAGUUGUAUUUGGAGUCAUCUUUGCUAGCGAACUUUUCCAAGCUACUGACGUGUGAAUACAGUAAAUCGCAAGAACCUGGAAACAUAAAAAUCCGUUGAAUGUAAACCAUCACGAUUUAGACUAAUUGCGACCAGUCGAAAUGCUGCCAAGGUGCGUAAAAGUAGUUACUAUUGCGGUGGUCUGGUCAUUUGUGUUAAUUUCGACGUGUAAUGGUCACGGGCGGCUGAUUGAGCCACCAAGCAGGGCCUCUGCAUGGCGAUAUGGUUUUCCGACACCACCAGACUACAACGACCACGAACUAUAUUGCGGAGGCUUCAACCGACAGUGGCAGAAAAACGACGGAAAAUGCGGAGAGUGCGGCGAUGCGUGGGACUCGCCACUGCCAAGGCCCCACGAAUACGGCGGAAAAUGGGGUCAAGGUGUUAUUGUUAGGAAAUACGCAUUAGAUGCCGAAAUCACCUUAAGGGUGGAGUUGACGGCGAGUCACAUGGGAUACUUCGAGUUUAGAGUGUGUCCCGACCCUAAUGGAAAACAAGUUUGCUUGGACAAACACGUAUUGAAAAUUUUAGGAGGGACACCUUCUGUGCACAAUCCAGAAGAUCUAGAUACUCGAUUUUAUCCACGGAAUGGCAGCAGAAUUUAUGAAAUGAAGGCCAGACUUCCAGGAGGUCUAAAGUGUACAAACUGCCUUCUACAAUGGCGAUACAUUGCUGGAAACAAUUGGGGGAUGUGUGAGAAUGGCACUGGAGCUGUAGGCUGCGGUCCACAAGAAGAAUUUCGUGCAUGCGCUGACAUAUCCAUUGGUGCUUCCGGCCGAACUACAAUGCGUCCAUUCCGUCCAGCGACCAAAACCACGCCAUCUUCCACGGACACUUCAGAAGAAGAACCAGACUAUGGCGAAACAGAAGAACAAAUUCCCGAAGAAUAUCGUUACAUUGGAAUCAUUAUUGCCAUCGUCUCACUCCUCUUGGUUCUAUGUCUACUUGCCGCUAUUUACUUGUAUCACUAUCAUGGAGGUCGUGUCAAGCAACUGCUUCAUUGGCAACGUCAAAAGGAUGCUUCAGCAAACCUGUCAGCCGUCUCACCAUCAUCAACUCUCACAACGAAUCUCAGCACUCCCAUUGAUGUAGCUGACUCGAAAAUGCCACCGGUUCCUCCCCCACGAACGAAAAGACUGUCCAGUGUUCAUGAGAUCUCUCCGGAGGAGUCCAGUGUUGUGAUAGGGCAGGAGCCGAUGAGAACGAAUAAUUCUUAGUAAAUAGUUGAUUUUGCACUGCCGAAAUAAUUAUUCUCAUAGAGUAAAAAGGGCAGAAAGCUUUGUCCUUUUUAGAUUCGAAGAUUCAUUCCGAGCGUUUAAUAUAUUCUCAUAAUAAUUCAUCACAUAGGUAGUACUUGUACGUAUAGGAGGUCGCUUAAUGUCCAGUAUUUUGUAAAUAAUAAAAAAAUAACAAUAGGAACAAAAUGGA